UCCAGUUGGCUGCUUCCGCGCGCCCGAAGGGUUAAUUGGGGUCGCCGUCCAUUUCGUCAGGCAGUGAACUCAGAUGUCCAAAUUUGCCAGGUGACAGGUGCGCUUGUGAGUCACGCCCUCGGACGUGAGGAGAAUGGUGGCCUAUAGCCUCGUUGGUGGAGCUCGCUAGCACCGGAGGUUUUAUGACCAAUAUGAGAGCGACCUGCGGCACGCGCAGCUUCCUGCGUACCUGCGCUCUCACCUGUCUUCUCUUCCUGUUGUGUUCCACCUGCGCCGGCGCCGCGACCCAGCGAAACGUGGCCUCCCACCCCUCCACGUUGAAGCGCAGCCGGCGGAGUCACCAGAGCGCCAAGCACAUGGGAGCGCACCACCGGCCGCUGACGGACGAGCAGAAAGCGGACCAGAACCUGCAGUUCAUGCUCAGCUUGUACCGGAGCGCAGCCGAACCGGACGGCAGGCCCAAACAGCACCGGAAAUUUGGAUCCAACACGGUGCGCCUGCUGAGACCCACGGCGUCGUCGGUGCACUACCGGCCCGCUUCAGGAGACCUCUGCUACACCUUCACAGUGCAGUACAAACUCGACACCCUUCCCUCGGAGCAGCUUGUCAGAGCGUCCUUCAUCCAUCUGCGCUCCUCCUCGUUCACAUCCUUAAGCACCAGCCAAACUGUGGAGCCACCCCAGUGCCGGGCUCAAAUCGCGUCCUUUGGUGGCGAAAGCCUGGUGGUCCUAGAGCCCCACGAGCAGUGGACGGAGACAGACAUCACCGCACACGUCAGUGCUCACAUCCUGCAAGGGAGAGACAUUAAUGAGGAGGGGCACUUGACCCUCACUGCUCAGUACUGGUGCACAGAACCUGGGAACCCUGAUGUCGACCCCUGGUGGUGGUGGGCUCCCUUUCGAGGAAGGAAACACUGGAACAGUGAGCCCCACCUGGAAGCUCCCUCUCUUCUUUUGUACCUGGAGGAGGAAAGAGAGGUAAAGGAGUGGAUGGGGGAUUUGCUUGGGGUCAACGGGGAAGACAUCAUGAGGCGAGUUGGCUGGUGGCACCCUUCGGUUCGCCGCCGGCGUAGCUUCAAACAGAACUCAACUUUGGAACUAAAAGAUUCUUUGCUUGAUGCUCUUAACACUCCGGCUUCUUCCUCACUUUCUUCUUCCAUAAUCUCUGAAAUCCCUACCUACAAAACCAAAACAAGCAUACCCAAGAACCGCUGCAAACUUCACUCCUUCCGCCUGUCCUUUGACGAACUUGGCAUGGGUCAUUACUUUAUCGCCCCGCCAGUCUAUAACCCUCGAUACUGCCAAGGUGACUGCCCAAAGGUCCUUCACUACGGGUACCAUUCUCCCAACCAUGCCAUCAUUCAAACGGUCAUCAACGAGCUGGGAAUUGGGGAGGUUCCCCCUCCGUCGUGUGUACCGUACAAGUACAUGCCUAUGAGUGUGUUGGUUGUGCACAAGAAGAAGGUGGAGUACAGAGAGCUGGAAGACAUGGUGGCCGAGUCCUGUACGUGUCGCUGAAGACUCAAAGACCUGAGGAAUUUGAAAAUGCAGCUGAUCCCUGGACUCUAGGCAGGUCAUUGAAUCUAUUUAGGGGUUGGCAGCUAAUGAUAAUGAGCUUAAGACUGGAAGGAGGAAGAUGAUGUGGUUUCAGAUGUUCUCAUUCCUUGGUAAAGCACUUUCAAGGUAAUUUUUGUGCAUUGUUUUCUGUGUUUUAAACCUGAUCUGUUUUACAUAAAGGGCAAUAAUUCAUACGUGCACAAUCCAACCAAAACUUAAUUUAUGUAUUUGAAAAAAGAAAAAAAAAUCUGACUUUGUUUUUUUUGGAGCUACAUUUGCUCUGUAGGACAAACGUGGUUUAAACUAAAGAAAUAUUUUAAGGAAGAAAUGUCGACAAUGAUGGA